CCAUUGCAGACGGAUAGCAGCUUGGUAUAACAGGCAAGGCAAAUCAGCUCUGCCUCGAUUUUACAUUUGUCCAACUGCUCAGUGCGUUUGUUUUCAGAGACUGGACACUGAUGGUAUGUGGAGCUCUUGAGUGAAUCGGUUUACUUGCUGGAAUGGUAUUGGAACCACCGUCAGAUGGCUUUCAAGUGUUAUUCGGAUCACUAUAAUCGACAUUGAACAGUUAAAGUGCUGGUCUUCCUGGAUAUACCAAAGUUUUGCGAAUGACACUGCUGGAAUGAACGGCUUGUGCAGCUGACCCUUGGUUUAGUUCUCUAAUAGGAAUGUGCAAGGUAUGAUUGGUAUUUGAUCUUCACUCUUCACAGUAUUCGUUAUCACGUAGUUUAGGUUAACAACUCUCGCUACAUGCCUUGUGCUGAAAUGAAUUUCGAAAUCCCUGAAGGCCUUGGAGACUUGCUGAGAGAUUUCACAGUGUCUGUGUUACGUGAAAGGCCUGGAAACAUAUAUGACUUCGCUGUGGAUUACUUUACAAAAAUCCGUGAAACCCGGCGUCCUAAGUCCAUCCCGAUGUACAUCAUUGUGGACGACGAGGAGGCCGGGGAACCAGACCCCUCCCAGUUCAGACCCAAAACACAGAAAAGUAAGUUCGCCAGACGCCACUCAGUGUCCGCUGAAAGAUAUGACCCCGAGGCUGACGAUGAUGACGACGAAAAGGUGGUUCAUCCGAAGACGGACGAACAGAGGGAACGACUAGUCCAAGCCGUGGGUGGGAUCCUUCUGUUCCGUUCUCUGGACUCCGAUCAGAUGCAGGACGUCGUGGACGCCAUGUUCGAGAAGACCGUGGAGCCGGGAGAACAAGUCAUCGUCCAAGGUGACGACGGAGAUAACUUCUAUGUGAUUGACAGUGGUAUUUACGACGUCUUAGUUCUGGUGAAUGGAGAGAAUAAAAAAGUUCACCAGUUUGAAAACAGCGGCAGUUUUGGUGAGUUAGCUCUGAUGUAUAAUAUGCCUAGAUCUGCUACUAUAGUCGCACAAACAAAGGGCACUGUCUGGGCAAUGGACAGAAAUUCGUUUCGUCGCAUCGUACUAAAAAGUGCCUUUAAAAAACGAAAAAUGUAUGAAGAACUUUUAGAAAAUGUGACCAUUCUUAAAUCACUGGAGCCGUACGAGAGAAUGAAUCUGGCAGACGCGUUGGUGCCAAAGAUUUACACUGAUGAGGCUAUCAUUAAGCAGGGCGACGACGCCGAUGGAGUUUAUUUUGUGGAGACAGGGACUAUUAGGGUAACAAUAACGGGGGUUUCCGGCAAGGAAGAAGAGGUUGCCAGAAAAUCCAAAGGUGCUUAUUUUGGAGAACUGGCGCUACUGGAAAACAAACCUCGCUCGGCAAAUGUGUAUGCAGAGGGUAAGGUCAAAGUGGCUUUUCUGGAACGGGAUUCAUUCGAGCGCCUUUUAGGCCCCUGUGUUGAAAUAAUGAAGAGAAAUAGCUCAUUAUAUCAGCAGUACGUAGGCAAAUAAAACACAGCCGUCAUGAAGUCAACUGAAAUCUGGCGUAAUUAACUCUGUGGAAAAGACUGUUUCCCAUCGCUAAUUACUCAUGGUGAACUGGCCAAGUGUAAUGAGUAUUUAGUCGUGACCAUCGAAUGUUUAGUAUGUUUUAAGUCAGCUAAAUCAAUAGGAGGUAUACAGAGACCAGCCUGUGGAGCCCACCUCCCCUACUGCACGGGACGCCAUAGUGUUCGGCGCCGCAUAGCUUAAACACGAAUAUAGCCGUAUCGGUAGUGAGGAAAACCAUCCCCAUGUGGAUGAUAUAACAUGCUAUUCACGUCAAGCAACGGAUUAACAAUGACUGUUUACGCCUAUCACCGGUCACUGGUCACCGGUCCCCUGAAACAAAGCACAACGAGAAGUCUUUGUUAAUGAAAAACCUUCGAUCAUGGUCUGUAUUGAUACUCUACCAAUGUACAAUGGGUAACGACUAGGAAAUGCUAGGAGUGUAUGCGGCAGAAGUUCCGCCGUGUCGAUCUGGACUUAUUCAAACAAGCCAUUUGCAGAUUGAGAAAGGCACUGGCUCAUUGUUUCCUCGCGGUAUAUCGAGCUUGUGAGUAUGGGAUGGUUUUGUGUUGGGGUCUGAUCUGAACAAUAGAUUUACACCACAGGCUUACUUGUGUUGGGGUGUGAUAUUCAGGAGACCUCCCUGUAGGAUUACUUAACCUGCUUACUCAUGUAUAUCCAUUUCGUGUAGUGCCGAUGGGACUGUGUAGUCCUAUGAUAAUAGUGGUCCGGUCGUGAUCAUUUCUCCAAAUACUUUACACAAUUUACUCAAUCUGCCUUCACAACGUAUAAAUGGAUAAGAUCAAAUAUUUUGCCAUUCGGUUUUUCUCAAUUUGUUAUCAUAUUCUACUAUGCUAGUUCACGUUUUGUUAAAGUGAUGUAUACAAUAUUGUCUGUUGUUUUCACCAUUGUAUAUUUAAACUGUCUGUUCAUAGUAUUUGUAACACUGUGGUUGUAACUGUUGCCAUCAGUUUACCAGAGUAACGUGCUGACAUUCCGACAGCAAGUUGUGUAUCAUUUUAAAAGAGGUUUACAUCAUUUGAACAUUAAUUUAUCAAAGUGUUUAAAUAGGCAGUAAUUUGUCUGAGACCGAAUGCUCAAGAGAUGCUCGUAAUUGCGACUGAUACAAAAACAGCCCUGGCACCGUGUUGAUUUCUCCCGUCAAACACAAGUGCUUAAUUAAUAAGGCCCUUGUUAAUAGGUACCUUUACAAUUCGAUUUCCAACAAGCUACUCGCAAGUAAAUCUGCGUUGGAAAAAAUUCGUGAU